AUGCACUGUCUCACUGGUAGCGAUGUAACACUACUGAAAGAGGAAAUUCGGAAGAAGUUCUCCAUUGAUGCGAGCAACGAGUGCGUCAGCGGUAGCUUGAAUUAUUACGAGUGGAAGACGUUUCUCGUAUGCACCUAUAUCAACCUAUUACCUAUUCCUGCCUACAUCGCUAUUCUUAUUCUCAGGAAGCUUACUAUAUCGAAACUGAGCAUUCAGACAGCUAUGUCUCAAGGCACUAGACACCUUCAUUCGCAACUACUCCUG